UUCAAAUGUUUUGACCAAGCUUGUCAGUUCUUCCCUGAAUGUGAACAAAUGUUAAACAAUAUGGGGUCACAACUAUUCAGGUGCGAAGAUAAAACACUUCUCAGAUUCUUCAGCCGCGAUCACACAAAUAUAAAAAAGUCACUGUUAUGCUCAAGUCUGAAACAUAUUGUGAAGAUGGAAACCGAUUCCAAAGUCCCUAGUUUUUUUUUCUGCUUCUUAUCUGUCACAAGUUACACAUCACUGAAAAACAAAUGGUUUGAAGAACUGAAUGAAACAUUAAAAUCCAUCAUAACAAUUAUCCAAGGGUAACGUACCAUCUCCCUCAUCUGUCCCCAGGGUAACCAGCUCCCUUAUUUCUCCCCAGGGUAACCAGCUCUUUCAGCUCUCCCUAGGGUAACCAGCUCCCUCAGCUCUCUCCAGGGUAACCAGCUCCCUCAGCUCUCUAUGGUAACCAGCCCCUUCAGCUUUCUCUCCAUGGUAACCAGCCCCCUCAGCUCUCUCCAUGUUAAUCAGCUCCCUCGGCUCUCCCCAGGGUAACCAGCUCCCUCAGCUCUCUCCAGGGUAACCAGCUCCCUCAGCUCUCUCCAGGAUAACCAGCUCCCUCAGCUCUCUCCAGGGUAACAUCCUCCCUCAGCUCUCUCCAUGGUAACCAGCUUCUUCAGCUCUCUCUAUGGUAACCAGCUCCCUCAGCUCUCUCCAUGUUAAUCAGCUCCCUGCCUCUCCCCAGGGUAACCAGCUUUUUCAGCUCUCCUUAAUCUUGGCAUCCAUCAUAUACUGCCAUUGAUAGCAUGGCUUCAAUCCUGCAUAGUUUUUACCUUGGGUAAAUGACUUCAGCACUGGCUCCGUCAUAGCUCUAUGAUAUGGUUCUAUAAUAUAGCUCUCCAAUGUGGCUCCAGCACCCUCUGUGGAUAUAAACAACAUGUAUAGAACAGAAAACAUUUGAUCACAACAUAAAGUCGGUUAAUUUUUGUUAUCUGCUGCAUGAAGUUUGUAAAUACUAUUUUUAAGGGAAACUUUAUAUGAAAAUGUAAUUGAAGAUUUAAGCAAGUAUAAAAGUAGUUGAUUAAAAAUUGUUUGAUUAAUAAGUUUUAUUUCAUUUCCUGGACAACAUUUGAACUUACCUCCUGUGUUGAUCUGUGAUCAUGAAACGCUUGGUUAUGUUGAUGAGGCAGCUUCAUGUUUUCGUAAGGCCUUGAGACAAGACCCAAGCUACCUGGGUGCUAGAGAAAAUCUUGAAAAUGUCUGCAGUCACUUGGUGGAGCGCUGGCACUUUCGUAUGCUGAAUGAUACACUGAGGAAUCAGAGUUUUAAGAGUGCCAUAGAGACAGCUGUUAAGCAGGGAUACACCUCAGUUCUGGAUAUAGGGACAGGCACUGGAUUACUCAGCAUGUUUGCUGCCAAAGCCGGAGCACAAGAGGUAUAUUCUUGUGAAAUGUCCAAGACCAUGUACGAGUUGGCAGGAGAUGUUCUUGUAGCCAAUCAGAUGAAAGAUAAAGUUCAUCUGAUUCAUGCUAAGUCCACAGAUAUAACAGUGCCUGAUGAUAUACCAAAAAGAGUUCCCCUAAUAGUGACAGAGACUGUGGAUGCAGGUCUUCUUGGAGAAGGGAUGCUGUCCACAUUAGAUCACGCUUGGGAACAUUUGUUGCUGUCUGACAAAACCCAGGCUCGGGUUAUUCCAAGUGGCGCCACUGUAGUGGCUUGUCUUGUAGAAUGUGAAGCAAUUAGAAAACAGAACAGGUUGCUAUAUCCUGGUCUCUGCCAGCUUGAUCUGACCCAGGUCUCCCUGGUGUGUAAGACUUCUGUUCCACAUAGACAGCAGAGAGAUGGCACUGCAGUGGAGGAUGAUGAUGAUGAUGAUGAGGAAGAUGAGGAGGAGGAGGAGCCGUACACCACUGAGAACCUGAAAUAUGUGAGAGGAGGCUACAGAGCCAUCAGUGACACCACAUGUGUGUUCCAGUUUGAUUUCAAUGAUCCUCAGGCAAUACGUAAAUACCGCAAGGGAAUAUCCAGAGAUCUCCAAUUGCCUGUGAUAGCCACUGGAAGACUGGAUGCCAUAGCCAUGUGGUUUGUCCUUGAACUUGACCCAGAUACACACCUGUCCACUUCACCUAGCAGUGACAGGUGCUGGGAACAGGCAAUUUUCCCUGUGCUACCAGAACACAUACACAGUCAUGGCUGUGAGAGAAGAGAAAACCUGGUAGUCAGGGAAGGAGAGAUGGUACAUGUCCACUGCAGUGUGGCUAAUGACCUCAUACAUUUAUACUGCACUGAUAUUAAGAGGGAAAUACCAGGGACUCAAAAAAAUCAACCACAGGGUGCUUGUACUAGUAGCUCACAAAGCUCUUUGUCUUUUGGUGAUGUCUUCCGUCCUGUGCCCUCUUAUAGUUUCUGUGGCUUUGAAGACAACUCUGUCUCUCAAGGUGCAUAUCAGUUUGUGGAAAACUCUGAAGAUUCUCUACGGGAUUGUGAUGAGAAUUCACACUCGUUGAGAGUCAGGGACUUAUCUCAAGGGGAGAAAUUAAAUUCCACAGUUGAUGCGGGAACUCAAGGUUGUUCAUCCAUAAGCUCAUAUGGUGCCAGCAUAAAUACAGACAAAACAAUCAGUACAAGUACCUCUAAAUGUGAUACCUAUUCUUUUGGUGGCUGCCCUUCACCCAAAUCAACUUUGUUGUUAGAGAGGCAUGAACUUGGGAGGCUGAAUGACAUAGAAGUUAAUACAGCAUAUUUUUCUGCUGUACAAAAGUUACAGCAAGAGAAAACUGGUCUCAGCAUUCUAGACAUUACACAAGGGUUCUCUGCUCUUUGUCUGCAGUCUCUCCUACAGGGGGCAGCACAGGUGACAUUAACUGGACAAGAUGAGACCAAUCAAAUGAUACUUCGUCAUAUCUCAGAGGCCAAUCAAAUAGAUGCUGGCAAGCUGUUGUUUGUAAAUGGGUUACCAGAGGAAGGAGACCAGGGGUAUGAUGUCCUGGUAACAGAGCUGGUAGAGCCUUGUGGAGCCCUAAGACAACAAGUGUUAGAAGAUAUAGCUCUGGCAAAAGUGAGUCACCUGAGGCCAGGGGGCGGUGUGGUCCCACAGAGGACGUCUGUCUAUGGGAUGUGUAUCCACUCCGAGAAACUAAAGGAAUACAGCAUGGUGGUUAGUGACCAGUCAACACUGGGGUGGAAUAUUGCUCAGUUUAUCAAUGAUUUCAAGAUGCGUACCCAUGUUGACGUGGACCUACAAACCCUCCCGUAUACCAGACUAACAGAACCUUUCAAAAUCUUUGACUUUGACUUCAACCUUCCCCACUCCAGCGACAUGCUCAAUUUCUUAGAAAAAGACGUCACGGUCCGCGUCCCAGCCUGUGAGAACGGCAGCCUGACAGGUGUGGUUUACUGGUUUGAUAUCUAUGUGGCAGACGCUGUGAGGCUGUGUACUCUGGAUGAACCGAGACACUGGAGACAGGCCGUGGUGAUGAUGGCGGAGGACCUUGACGUCACCCUCGGGGACGGACUAUGUAUCCAGGCUAGGUGCAGGAAUAGCUGCAUUGAUAUCACUGUGAAAUAAUGACAUACUGUGUAUCCAGGCUAGGUUCAGGAAUAGAUACAUUGAUAUCACUGUGAAAUAAUGACAUAAUGAUUACUGCUUAAAACUUUGAUAAAAGAUUCAUGUCUCACUCAAAUUAACAGCAAAUAAUAUGUGAUCAAUAAAACUCAAUAUGUGACACGCGAUUUAGUUUUAGAAAUAAUGAUUCUCACGGGCUCAUUAUAUAAUGUGAAAAUUAUGCAAGUUUUGCUACUUCAAAAGCAGUUAUUACACUGUUGUAAAGAUGUGCCCACCAAAGUUGUCUACUACAUUCAAUAAACUAGUACACUCUAAAUAAAAGUGAUGCGGUUACUUUCACACAGAUGAUCGUUUAUUAAAUAGUCUAGUUCUACUCUGUGUGAACAUCUGAAACGUAUCAAGAGAAAAAGAUACAGGAAAAUUUCCAUUUACAGUACUAUUUUUUAAAAUGCCGUUGUAUUAUGUAAGGUCGCAGUACCAAGUGCCUGUAGAAUGUGCGAUAUUCAUAAUUUUUUUCACAAGUACGAUCUUAGUGUGACGUUACGUGAAAUGCGACGUUACGCCAUGACGUCACAAUAACCACACCAAUAUUAAUCGCCAAAGUUUCAGCUCAGAAAAACGUUUUGUUCCAUUUUGCCUAUUUUUUUAGAUUUCUUAGCGUGAGUUUUAUCUAAGGUUUCAAUGUUUUGUGAUAAAUUUUAAAAAUGGAUCAUAUUUGUGACGGAGGACUGAAUGAUUUUAUUUAACGAUAGCGAAACGGGCGUGUCUUGAUACCAAGGUAACGUUUAUACCAUAAUCCAUUUCUUCGAUAGCGAUCAAUAAGACGUUAUACGGAAUCCAGGAAUAUAGUUUUUAUCAUUGUUUCACAAAAAAUGGGAUGCACUCAAUCACGUAAGUGCUCAAAACAACGCGUAUAGGUGAAGACUAGUUCAGCGUUCUGUUGUCUGUAAGCGUUAUUGUUUAAAGUAAAUUGCAAAUUACAAG